CCGCUUUGCCCAUCACCUGACCAGCCUACUACACAAAUCAUUCCACGAUCCAAAAGCUCAGAAGAAGCUAGCAACGAUGAAGAACACCAAGCUCGUGGCGAUCCUCGUUCUCCAGGCCAUCCUCGUCAUGGGCAUCCUCUCGCACGUGAACGCCGACUUCUUCCCCAAGUGCUGCAACAACUGCAGGUCCUUCUCCGGGGUCGACGUCUGCGACGACGCCCAUCCCAAGUGCCCCAAGGGCUGCUCGCAAUGCCGCGUGGUGACGACCAAGCCUAAGAUGACGUACCGCUGCGCCGACAUGAAGAGCACCGUCGACGGCACCUGUGGUGGACCAUGCAAGCACUGAUCGACGGGUUAAAGAGGCUCGGAAUAUGGCGUAACAUAUAUUCCACCCAAAAUAAUGCUCCCACGAGAUGAGCAGAUCUAGUCAUCGUGUCUACCUGUGUGGCUCUGUGUGCGUGCCGACGAUAUCAGUAUCACGCCGUCGGCGGCGGCGUUAUCGUCUUUUCUCUCUCGAGGAAUUAUGUCGAUGCUGGCCUAUAAUUAAGUUGUAUGUAAGCUUGUUGUAUCCUCCGUUAAUAAACACAUGUUGUGUGAUA